AUGGACAAGUCAGAGAGCCAGAUGGAGAUGGUGGAGAGAGCCAGCCCAGCAGGGCAGAAGGGCCGUGGCUUCCUGGAGGGUGGGCUGCUAUUUUUGCUGCUCCUGGUGGCCGGAGCCCUAGUGGCCCUGGGCGUCCUCUAUGCCAACAGCAGAGGGAAGCGGCUGCUGCCUUUUACUAGUCUGCUUUGUUUCUCAAAGGACAAGAGGACCAGUGUAGAGCGGAAACCCCGAGCCAUCCAAGAGAUGAGCGAGGUCUGCACCACCCCCGGCUGUGUGAUAGCAGCUGCCAGGAUUCUCCAGAACAUGGACCCAUCCCAGGAACCGUGUGACGACUUCUACCAGUACGCAUGUGGUGGCUGGCUGAAGCACCACGUGAUCCCUGAGACCAACUCACGGUACAGCGUCUUUGACAUCCUUCGGGACGAGCUGGAAGUCAUCCUCAAAGGGGUGCUGGAGAACUCCACUUCCCAGGACCGGCCGGCCGUGCAGAAAGCCAAGACACUGUACCGCUCCUGCAUGAACGAGAGCAUGAUCGAGAAGCGAGACUCCCAGCCACUGCUGGAAAUUUUGGAGGCGAUGGGAGGCUGGCCAGUAGCCAUGGACGAUUGGAAUGAGACCAUAGGUCCCAGGUGGAAGCUAGAGAAGCAGCUGGCCGUAAUGAACACUCAGUUCAACAAGCGCGUCCUCAUCGAUCUCUUCAUCUGGAAUGAUGACCAGAACUCCAGCCGCCACAUCAUCUACAUAGACCAGCCCACCUUGGGCAUGCCAUCCCGGGAGUACUACUUCAACGAGGGCAACAGCCAGAAGGUGCGGGAUGCUUACCUGCAGUUUAUGAUCUCGGUGGCCAUAAUGCUAAGGGCAGACAUGAACCUCCCCAAGAAUGACUUCCUGGUGCAGAAGGACAUGGCACAGGUGCUGGACCUGGAGACACAGCUGGCAAAUGCCACAGCACCCCAGGAGGAAAGGCAUGAUGUCACCGCAUUGUACCACCGGAUGGACCUCCAGGAGCUGCAGAGCAGGUUUAACCUGAAGGGAUUUAACUGGACUGUCUUCAUACAAACUGUGCUAGCCUCUGUCAGAAUCAAGCUCCUACCAGAUGAGGAAGUGGUGGUCUAUGGCAUCCCCUACCUCAGAAAUCUGGAGGACAUCAUAGAUGCCUACUCAGCCAGGACCAUGCAGAACUACCUGAUCUGGCGCCUGGUACUGGACCGCAUCAGCAGCCUGAGCCAGCGAUUUAAGGACACUCGAGUGAACUACCGCAAGGCACUGUAUGGCACAACAGUGGAGGAGGUGCGCUGGCGGGAGUGUGUCAGCUAUGUCAACAGCAAUAUGGAAAACGCCGUGGGCUCUCUCUACGUCAGAGAGGCCUUCCCCAGAGACAGCAAGAAGAUGGUGAGAAAGCUCAUUGACAAGGUGCGGGCAGUGUUCGUGGAGACUCUGGACGAGCUGAGCUGGAUGGACAAAGAGUCCAAGAACAAAGCCCAGGAGAAGGCCGUGAGCAUCCGAGAGCAGAUCGGCUACCCUGACUACAUCCUGGAGGAGAGGAACCGGCAGCUGGAUGAGGAGUAUUCCAAUCUGAACUUCUCUGAGGAUCUGUACUUUGAGAACAGCCUGCAGAACCUCAAGGCUGGCGCCCAGAGGAGCCUUAAGAAGCUUCGGGAGAAGGUGGAUCCAAACCUCUGGAUCAUUGGGGCAGCGGUGGUCAAUGCAUUCUACUCACCAAACCGAAACCAGAUCGUGUUCCCUGCUGGGAUCCUCCAACCCCCCUUCUUCAGCAAGGAGCAGCCACAGGCCUUGAACUUCGGGGGCAUCGGCAUGGUGAUUGGGCAUGAAAUCACCCAUGGCUUUGACGACAAUGGACGGAAUUUCGACAAAGAUGGCAACAUGCUGGAUUGGUGGAGCAACUUCUCCGCCCAGCACUUCCGCGACCAGUCAGAGUGCAUGGUCUACCAGUACGGCAACUACAGCUGGGACCUGGCGGACCAGCAAAAUGUGAACGGGUUCAGCACGCUUGGGGAGAACAUCGCCGACAAUGGAGGAGUGCGGCAGGCAUAUAAGGCUUACUUAAAGUGGCUGAUGGAAGGUGGCAGGGACCUCCAGCUGCCAGGCCUGGAAAUGACCCACAAGCAGCUUUUCUUCAUCAACUAUGCCCAGGUGUGGUGCGGGUCCUACCGGCCCGAGUUCGCCAUCCAGUCCAUCAAGACGGACGUCCAUAGUCCCCUGAAGUACAGGGUGCUGGGCUCACUGCAGAACCUGGGCGCCUUCGCGGAUGCGUUCCACUGCGCGCGGGGCACCCGGAUGCACCCGAGGGAGCGAUGCCGCAUCUGGUAG